AACAGCGCAAAGUGAACCUAGGAAGUCCUUAGAUCUCUCACUUUGAACACUUUUUCGGAAAACACGAGCCGUGGCGAGCGGACACGAGCGUACCGGGAGUGAUUCAUCACUCUUUUUUUCCUAGUAGACGAUCUUCGACGAGGACACACUGCGUCCCGUCUGUUGCCGUGGCGACCGGUAAUCACAACACUACCUGUUGAGGACCAGACCUUGAAAAAUAGCACCGUGUUUCGUUGGAAGCAGGAAGAUAACGGUGUAAAAAGUGUGAGAGGACGCGGUAUCCAUCAAUACCGCACAUUACACCACAAUGUCGCAGCGCCACGUCGUUCAAGUUUUCGAACAAUAUCAGAAAGCGAGGAUGCAGUUUGUGCAAACUGUCGCUGAUCUCGCGAACCGGCCACAAAAUAUAGAACUACUCCAAAAUGCAGGUGUGAUGUCCCUGCUGCGCCCCUUGAUGCUUGAUGUUGUCCCCAGUAUCCAGCAUACAGCAGCUUUGGCUCUGGGCCGCCUGGCAGACAACAGUGAGGACCUCGCAGAGGCUGUGGUGAAGGAAGACAUCUUGCCACAGCUGGCCCAUUCCCUGGCCUUGCAGAAUAGGUUCUAUAAGAAGGCAGCAGCAUUUGUUCUGCGUGCAGUAGCCAAACACUCCCCAGAGCUGUCGCAGGCUGUGGUGGCCUGCAGGGGGGUGGACGCUCUGGUUCUGUGCCUGGAGGAGUUUGACCCCGGGGUGAAGGAGGCUGCUGCCUGGGCUUUGGGCAACAUUGCACGACACAAUGCGGCCUUGUCUCAGUCAGUGGUGGACGCGGGUGCCGUUCCCCUGCUGGUCUUGAGUCUUCUGGAGCCAGAGAUGGCCCUCAAACGCAUCGCAGCCUCCACUCUCAGUGACAUCUCCAAACACACGCCAGAGCUGGCACAGACUGUGGUGGACACUGGAGCCAUCGCACACCUGGCACAGAUGAUCCUCAGCCCAGACACCAAGCUCAAGAGGCAGGUGUUCGCUGCCCUCACUCAGAUCAGCAAGCACUCCGUGAGCCUGGCAGAGAUGGUGAUAGAAGCUGAGAUCUUCCCCGCAGCCAUGUCCUGUCUCAGAGAUCCAGAUGAGUACGUCAAGAAAAAUGUCGUCACCCUAAUGAGGGAGGUGGUGAAACACACUCCAGAGCUGGCCCAGGUGAUUGUGAACUGUGGGGGCUUGGAAGCAGUGAUUGACUACCUGGGCAAUUGCCAUGGAAACGUGCGUUUGCCUGGCAUUAUGAUGCUGGGAUAUGUGGCAGCUCACAGUGAAAGCCUUGCCAUGGCUGUCAUUGUCUCUAAGGGGGUGCCCCAGCUGGCCCUAUGUCUGUCGGAGGAGUCUGAAGAUCACAUCAAGGCGGCCACAGUCUGGUCAGUGGGCCAGAUAGGGCAUCACACCCCUGAGCACGCCAAGGCAGUGACCACAGCUAACCUGCUGCCCAAAAUACUGGAGCUUUACAUGAACGCCAGCAGCUCUGAGGACCUGCAGACCAAAAGUAAAAAAGCUCUGAAGAGUGUUCUGCAGAAGUGUACUUACCUGCCAAGUCUGGAGCCCCUCCUCUAUGAAGCUCCAAGCAACAUCCUUAAACAUGUGGUCUGUCAGUUCAGCAAGGUGCUGCCUCAUGACAGCAAAGCACGGCGCCUCUUUGUGACCAGUGGUGGACUGAAGAAAGUCCAAGAGAUCGAGGCUGAGCCCGGGUCUCCCCUCCAGGAAUACAUCAAUGCCAUCAACGGCUGUUUCCCUGAGGAGAUAGUGAGGUACUACUCUCCUGGCUACUCGGAGGCCUUGCUUGAGCGAUUAGAUGACUACCAGCCGGCCUGACAUUGGCUCACAGCACACAUCCGGUGUCCAUAUUCAUGUGAAGAUAUACUGUGCCUUUACAAAUGUUUUUCUUUUCCUUUUGUUUUUCCCCAAAAGUUUUCAUGCCAACUGUUAAAUUAAAAGGCCGAAUAUCCAAUAAAAAGACAGCAUCCAGGCUAGAAUGUUCUCUUUAGAU